CAUGAGAGAGCGAAGACGGCGACGGUGGCAGAAGUGUCUGGGAUGUCUUGGCAGAGCUAUAAUUAUGUGUCGCGAGUGCUCAGCCGCAGAACGUCAAAGAUAGCCAAAUGUCCUUGGCCUCUUCCUCCUCGCUAUAAGUACGUCCGGCCUCCGCAAUGCGCCACGAACGCCCACCGCAUCGUCCCCAGCCCCGCCCGCCAUGAACGCCCUCCCGUCCCCGUCGUCCGCGCACCGUCCGCACUGCCCCGAUCCCGCCAUGGACACCCUCCUCGGCGCCGUAUGGCAGUCUUUACAACAAUCUCCGCCACCCAAUCUGCGCGAAAUACUCGACGCCUACCGCGCAAAAGGCGAUGGCGACAGAGAUAUGCUCAUCGCUAUGCUCAACGCCAAGAGUGCCGAGGACCAGCGAAUAGCUUCUCUGGCUUCUUUGCAAAAGUCCAUGCUGGACUUGUAUCAACCAUCUCUACGACAGCCUCAGGUUCAGGCUAUCUCGCCACUGCACAUUGCCGAGCCAUCGCACGCUCAUGUGCACUCGCAACCUCACUCCCACUACGCGCAUUCGCACCAUCCGCGUUCUCCCUAUCCCCCCACCCACCAGUACCAUGCCUCCGCGCCGCACAUGCCAUCACCGCCUCCCUCAUACCACCACCACCCGAGCCGGUCACCGCCUCCGCACGCGCUCGAUGACCGCGGCCGACCUAUCAUUGUGUCUGAUCCGCAUGAAACCCUGGAUGUCUCGCAGAAUUCGCGCAAGCGGCGACGGUCGCGCUCUCCUGCCUCCACACGCGAGCAUCCACACUAUCGUUCGCAGGAUCGCGACCGUGACUUGCCUCUCCCCCCGUCGCCGUACAGCUCGUCUUCGCAAAGCAGCGGUGGCUCGCCACGCUCACGAGAUAGCAUGGCGAUUGGCGCGUUGCUCUCUGCGCGGGGCGAAGACAGUUCACGGAGGUUGGGCUCAGGUUCAGCAGCAAGGGAACAUGCAUGAUUUGUCACUGGUUACCUGCGUUCAAGUUCAGUUUUCGUGGUGUAAUUGUUGUUGCUAUUACUGCUAUCUUAUCAGAUGAGACCAGCGCCCUCCAAGCCCGCGUCCUCGUCCGUUUGUUGUCUCCGUGUUGC